CUGCAUAGAUUUGUGACAGACCUGUUUGACAAGUUCAGCUCAAAGCCUCCUACAAAAAGGGGGUGUGUGCGCAAGCAGGUGCAGAUCCCUACAGAUUCUUGACAAGGCCCGUCAGGUUUGUUUGUGCAGAUUCCCGCUCAGUUUUCUAAAAGGACGUGGCGCCAUGCUUCGGUGGGUCAUCCUUCUCACGUUCAUCGGCAUCUGCGCCGGAGCCGCAGAGCAGAAAAGGAAAACUGUGAAGCCUAAUCCCCUGUCAAAAGGAUGGGGUGAUGAAAUUAACUGGGUCCAAAGUUAUGGCGAGGGUCUUUCAAAAGCAGUAAGGAGUCAGAAGCCCCUGAUGGUCAUUCAUCACAAAGACGAGUGCCCGUACAGCCAAGCUCUGAAGAAAGCAUUUGUUGCUAACGACACCCUCCAGAAAAUGGCUAAAGACGAAUUCAUCAUGAUCAACUUGGUGGAGGAAGCCAUGGACAAGAAUCUGGCUCCUGAUGGCUAUUAUGUUCCACGAAUCCUCUUUGUUGAUCCCUCACUGACUGUGCGUGCAGACAUCACUGGACGGUACAGCAACCGCCACUACGCCUACGCUCCGGAGGAUAUCGCACUCUUGAUCAGCAACAUGAACAAAGCUAAGGUGCUGCUGCACAAUGAACUCUGAGGAGGAUCUGCAUCAGCUGAACAGUUCAACACCAUUCCAGCUUCCAAUAAAACCACAUUCCAUUAAAACGGUUUCAUUGACACUG